UGUGGGACCCAAAAACCCCGGGAAACCGUAGGCCCAUGAGAUCAUUCUUACAAACGCCUUUUUCUCACUCUGGCCAAGCUAAAAAGGGAGUUUUAUGCACUGUCUUCUAUCGUCAAUCCUGCGGAGCCACCCAUAUAAUAUAAAAUUAUGCAGCUUAUGGUUUACUAUUCGUUAUCAUAUCAUUGACUCGAGCAGACAACGUGGAUCUGUGGGUCAAACCUGAGUGGUGUUACAGCCCGCAAGAAAUAAGGUGGGCUGGAAAUAAAAAUCCCCAUUAUGGCACCCAAAAGUCCAAAGGGAACACAAACGUCACCUUGUGUACCACCUUGAGCUUUUUUUAUUUAUCAACCUAUACAAGUCUGGUCUCCUGAAGUCGUUUCACGCCAAAAAAGGGCCCAAAAAACGUCGACAACGAUGCAGUUCAACAAGUGUUGUAUUUAUUUUCCAGUCCGUCAGGGUGUCCUGGCCAUAUUGGCCCUUGACGCUUUGUAUGCAUUUAUAUUUGCCGUGGUCUCCAUGGCGAGGCAGAAAGCAUUCUCGGCCGCGUUUGGAUCCGCGGGCAUGCUGUGGUUCGAGGUCAUUCUCCACAUCGCCUACCUUAUCCUCAGCGUUUUGUUUAUCGUCGUCGUGAUCAAGGUAAAGCGACCGUACGCUGGCCCUUGCCUUGUUUUUGAACCAAGCUAAAGGCAAUUUUUUGUUUUUUUUUUGUUAGGGAUUGGCACGGUACACGCCG